GUGCGCGCACAUACGUAGAAAAUUCGGCGCGCAAAAUCCGAAGCAGGAAGUGAGAGCAGCUGAGGGGGGAAGCGGCGGCCAGUCUGGGAUUUGAAUCUAUCUCAGUACUUCCAUAAUCUACCAACAUCUAAAUUAAUAUGGCAGACCCGAAGGACCAGGAAGACCAUGAAACUACUGCAGAAAAUACAGAAGAAUCUAAUCACGAUCCCCACUUUGAGCCGAUUGUGUCCCUUCCUGAGCAGGAUGUGAAAACAUUGGAAGAGGAUGAGGAGGAACUCUUUAAAAUGCGGGCCAAACUGUAUCGUUUUGCCUCUGAGAACGACCCACCAGAGUGGAAGGAGAGAGGAACCGGUGACGUGAAGCUGCUGAAACACAAAGAGAGAGGCACAAUCCGCCUCCUGAUGAGGAGAGACCGAACCCUGAAGAUUUGUGCCAAUCAUCACAUUGUACCUACCAUGGAGCUGAAGCCCAAUGCUGGCAGUGACAGGGCAUGGGUGUGGAACACCCUAGCAGAUUAUGCUGAUGAAAGCCCCAAAGCUGAACUCUUGGCAAUACGCUUUUUAAAUGCAGAAAAUGCUCUGAAGUUCAAGGGGAAGUUUGACGAGUGCAAGGAGGAGGUCAGAAAAUCUCUAGAGGGAACAGGCAACACUGAUAGUGCAAACAAAGUGGCAGAGAAGCUGGAGGAACUCACGGUAAAAGACAAGGCGUCGGAAGAUAAGAAAGAGGUCAAAAAGGAGACUGAGAAGAAAGAGGAUGAGAAAAAAGAAGACGAGAAAAAGGAGAACAAGGCUGAGGAGAAGAAUUGAGAACCAAGAACUUGCUUUGCUGAUCUUCAAUUUAUCAGUUUUUCCUCUUUUUCUACAAUAGACUCUAAAUGAACUGAAUUUGCAUAUUAUUAGUUUUUUUUAUUUUUAUUGUCUGUUUUGCCUCGAGACCACAAGUCCUUGAUGCCACUGGGGAGAAAAUACAACAUAGCGAAUUAAUGAGGUGGGUAAAAAAGAAGCCUCUCCCUUUCCACCGUGGACCGCUUUCCAUCCUUGUCAUCAGCAUCUCAAUGUUGCAUCUAACAAACUGAAAGGAGGCUUGUGAUAGUUCCCACAUUGGGGUAUUUUUGUUUUUGUUUUUUUGUUCUAAAGCGGAGUUUGCUUGUAGGGGGAGAGAAUGAUGUAGCCUGCUUGUUAGCAGCACAGUCAGGGACCAGGCGUCAUGGAGGUGCGUUACGUGUGUAAAAUCCCACGGUGCAUCUCAGUGGGCCUUCUUACCCUGUCCACGCUUCCACUGCUGGAAACAACGAGUACAGUGGAGACGGCCCGGUUGAUGCCUUAUAGAAGUAGUUCUAUCUCAUUAGUCCCGCUGGGGUCUGAAUAGUAGAGGAAUCCACUCCGGACAGUUGAGGGGCAUCAGAUGUGUGCUGCAGAUGGCAGGUCCACAGAUGGCCAACUGAUAGGAGAUCAGAUGCACUUAGAGAAGCAUUUCCUUUUUUCUUUCUUUUGAUUAUCUAAAAACCAAGUCCAAAGCAAACGGUUCAUCGGUUUGGUGCAGCUACGCUCCAACUUGACUUCCUCACCUGGAAAUAGUUUGUAUUCUUUAGACCAUUACAUUCCCCUUAAAGCAUGUAGAGUAUAUGUAACAGAGUGUGCCCUAUCUAGUCUGUGUGCUCACCACCCUCUCAUUUUCUUAACCUUGCCUCUAAAGUGCCAGUGCAUCUGUAAAUAUGUGUCUAUGGAUGAAAUGUGGCUUUUCAUUUGCACUCAAAUGAUUGGAAAUGUUUCCUCCACCUUCGAAUAAAAGCUGUCAAAGACCA